AUGUGGUCAUCUGUGUGCUUGCUCCUGCUUCUGGCAGCCAGUGUCCUGGGUCGCCCGGGAAUAUCUGGAGCUGCAGAACCUGCCAACAAAUUCCCUGACGACUUCAUCUUCGCAGCUGCCACCGCGUCUUACCAGGUGGAAGGGGCCUGGAAUGAAGGCGGCAAGGGUGAGGGCAUUUUCGACCGCAUGUUCCACACAAUUCCCAACAUCACCACCGAUGGCAGCAAUGGCGACGUGGCGUGUGACUCCUACCACAAGUACGAGAUAGACAUACAGCUCGCCAAGGAUAUGAAUGUGGACGCAUACCGCUUUUCCAUAUCGUGGCCCAGGGUUCUCCCCACUGGAGACGUCAACAACAUCAAUCCGGAGGGAAUCGACUACUACAACAAGGUCAUCGACGGCCUCAUUGCCAACGGCAUCACUCCAGUGGUGACGAUGUUCCACUGGGACUUGCCGCAGACAUUGCAAGACAUCGGGGGGUGGCCCAACCCCAGGCUGGCGGACUACUUUGUCGAGUACGCCAGAGUGCUCUACGACAACUAUGGCGACAGGGUGAAGUGGUGGCAGACGUUCAACGAGCCGGCCAGUUUCGUCUCAGGCUACUCUGGAGGCUACAUGAUCGCCCCAGGCAUCAACUCGUCAGGUGUGGGAGACUACAUGGCGGCGUACACCCUGCUCAUGGCACACGCCGGCGCCUACCACCUAUACGACGAGAAGUACCGAGAGACCCAGAAAGGGAAGGUCGGCAUCACAAUUAACAAUAUGUGGUACGAACCUGCCACCGACUCUGCAGCGGACAUAGAGGCAGCAGAACGCAAGAUGCAAUUCUACUCUGGCCUGUACAGUCACCCAAUUUUCACGGCCGAGGGAGACUGGCCUGAGGUGGUGAAGCAGAGAGUGGCGGCAAACAGUAAGGCUGCGGGCUACCCCAGGUCUCGACUCGUGGAGCUCACGCCAGAGGAGGUGGAGUAUAUCAAGGGCACGUCUGACUUCUACGGACUGAACCACUACACGGCCUACCCAGUCUCAGACGGCUCCAGCGGCUACGACCCCUCCAUGGAAUUUGACGCGGGCGUCGUUAUCGGGGAAUACACGGACGCACCGCAGGCAGCAUCCACCUGGCUCAGGAGCACUCCUUGGGCCUUCCGUAAGCUGUUCAACUGGCUCGCACAGCACUACCCUGGCUACCCAAUCUUCGUCAUGGAGAAUGGCUGGUCUGACACUGGAGAACUUGAGGACCAGGGCCGAAUAGACUAUUAUGCGUCCUACUUGGCUGCUAUGCUCGAGGCCAUCAAUGAAGAUGGUGUUGACAUCAUCGGCUACACGGCUUGGAGUCUCCUGGAUAACUUCGAGUGGGGCACUGGAUUCACGACCAGAUUUGGACUUCAUCAUGUGGAUUUCAAUGAUCCAGAUCGCACAAGGACACCCAAGGCAUCCAGCAAGUUUCUUGGUCAAAUCUUCAAAACAAAAACCCUUCCUGCUGAAUACCUGAACUAAUUUCCAAGAAGUUUU